AUAAAACGGUUUUUAAAGAGAGAGGAAGAGGAAAGAAAGAAAGAUAUCAAAGAAAGUGCAGCAAAAAUAACUCAAACUACAAAGCGCAAAAAUAAACAAUAACAACCAGUGAACCAUUUAACAGUCACUUGCCGCUUUGCUUGCAAACCUAUUUUUGAUAUGGUGGUCGUUAUUGUUAUACUUUCAAAUAACCUUUGAAUAUCUUAAAUACCCAUGGGAUAGCAACCCAACUAUUUUAUUAUGGCUUAUGGCUAAGAGCAAAGCUGUUCAUAUCCCAAUUCCCAAUUCAGUGAGGACUGGGAAUCGGGAACAGAAGCCAGCAUUCUCCCCAGUUCCCAAUUUUGGAGUUACACAAAACAGACUUGAAAAUAUUCAGGCUAUUCUUAUCACAUUCAUUAACCCUUGUGUUUGUUUGCAAAUUAUGUUGAGUAUCCUUGAGUUGGGCUGAUGACAUAAUCGCUGUAUAUCACUCUAGCGGUUAUCUAAUUUGACGUAAUAGCAUCUAUAUUUUUCUCAAAGAAAAAUAGUUGAAGUGAAUGAAUUGAAUGAAUUGUUGGGCUUUUAGUUUAAUUUUGGAACAUUAUAAUUAUUUUCUCUUGCUUUUUCUUAUUUUUUUCUUCCACUUUUUAUGCGUCUAAAAAGUGUUUUUAAACUAUUUUUCUAAUAUUUGUAACAGUCAUAUCUUUACAUUCUUCAAUUGUCUUUGUUGAAAUUUAAUUUUCAGUGCAUGAGCUUUUACCUAUUUAGAAC